AUGAAGGCGGUUAUCUGCCCUACGACUGGCCCGAUCUCUGUGCUGCAAAUUCAACAGACAGCAGUCCCCGUUCCUCAGCCCGGCCAAGUUCUGAUCAAAAUCCUCGGAUUCGGAAUCAACAGGGCUGAGAUGUUCACACGCCAGGGUCAUUCUCCCGGAAUCCAAUUUCCCCGAAUUAUCGGCAUCGAGUGCAUCGGAACCGUCGCCGCCCACCACGCCCCUGCCCCCGGCACCGCCGGUCUUCCGAUCGGGACCCGCGUCGCAACCUGCAUGGGCGGUCUCGGCCGCGAAAUUCCCGGCUCUUACGCCGAGUAUGUCUGCGUGCCCGCCGAGAAUGUUCGCCCAUUCCCCCAGACCAGCCUUCCGGUCGCCACCCUAGCAUCUUUGCCUGAGAUGUUCCAGACUACUUGGGGCGCCCUAGUGAAAGGGCUGGAUUUCAAACGUGGCGAAAGUCUGCUGGUCAGAGGCGCGACAAGCUCAAUUGGGAUCUGCGCAAUUCAGAUGGCGCGGUACCUGGGGGCAUCUCGCAUCGGUGGCACGACGAGAAGCGAGGCGAGGACUGGCAUGCUAAAGGAUCAUGGCGCCGAUGAGGUCUAUAUUGAUGACGGCAGCAUCGAAGCAGAUGUUUCGGCGAGCAGGGCUGGCAAGUUCGACAAGAUUCUGGAGCUUGUUGGCACAACGACUUUACGAGAUAGUGCUCGGUGCGCCGUGGAGAUGGGAACGGUGUGCAUGGCAGGUAUUCAGGGCGGCGAGUGGGAGCUGACUCAGUUCUCCCCGUUCGAGUUCCUUCCGAAUCGAGUCCGGCUUUCGGUGUACGGUGGUGGGCCGGAUGAUUUUAGGGCGUGUCCGUGGGAAGAGCUUAUCCAGGCCGUUGAAGACGGGAAGAUCAAAGUCCCAGUAAAGGUUUUCAGGUUGGAUGAAAUUCAAAAGGUCCAUGAAAUACUGGAAAGUGGCGGCGGCGGAGCGAAGUUGGUCGUCGUGAUAUCUGAGAAUUAG